GGUCACACUGGCACUUUGCAAACAGCGCUGAAAACUUACAAAUUUAUAAACAAUGAGCAGCGAAAAGGCUGAGAAAGCCAAAGUCAGCGCACAAAUCAAACAUGUGCCCAAAGAUGCACAAGUUAUUAUGUCCAUCCUCAAAGAGCUCAACAUCCAGGAAUACGAGCCACGCGUAGUCAACCAACUGCUUGAGUUCACAUUUCGGUAUGUGACUUGCAUACUGGAUGACGCCAAAGUAUAUGCGAACCAUGCACGCAAAAAAACCAUCGAUUUGGAAGAUGUGCGUCUUGCUACUGAGAUGACUCUGGACAAGAGUUUUACUGGACCUCCAUCACGUCAUGUGCUGGCCAAAAUGGCGGAACUGCGCAAUGCAAUGCCACUACCUCCGAUCAAGCCCCAUUGCGGUCUGCGUUUACCGCCCGAUCGCUACUGUUUGACAGGCGUCAACUAUAAGCUGCGCGCCACAAAUCAGCCCAAAAAAAUGACCAAAUCGGCGUUGGAGGGACGCACCGUGAAGACGGUGGUGAAGCCCGUAUCUAGCGCCAAUGGACCCAAACGUGCCCACUCAAUAGUGUCCAAGCAACAAGUUGUCACCAUUCCAAAGCCAGUCAUCAAAUUCACAACCACAACGAAAAUGGUUACUCCCAUAGAAGUGAAGAAUGAGCCGAAUGCCAGUGACAUGAAAAUGGAGGUGGACAGUGAUGCGGCGGCCGUGGGCAGCAUUGGAGGCAGUAAUGUGGCUGUAAAGCGGGAACGCGACGAAGAAGAAUUUGAAUUUACAGCGAAUUGAGAACAUAUACACCAUGUAAAACAAUUAUACUUAAGGCAUAUUUGUAACUUUCACGGAUAUGUGGAAUUAACAGUUUCGGCAUAUUCUAAAUUAGUAUCUU